AAUAAUGAAACCCUAAUUAACCACUUCUCUCUUCUUUCAUUCAAUCACACAACCACUCGGCCCCGGCAACAUCUCCUGCUCCGACGAAGUUAAUAUAUUUAAGUAGUAAUGGAGCAAGAGGUCGAGCUUGAAGGGAUAGUGAUUCCUGAUUCAUACCAAUCAGAAGAAGAACGUGAAGAACAUUUGAAGUCCAAAGGGCCUCCAAGUAGUUUCCACAGUUUGAUGAGAAGGAAUAAUAUGAUUAGUGAUGAUGAAGAAGAAACAGAAGAGGCUGAUUUAGAAGACAAAAAUAUUGUCAAUGAUCAUGAUGAAGAAGAAGCAAAAGAGGUGGAUUUAGAAGACAAGAAUAUUGUUAACGAUGAUGAAGAAGAAGAGGAGUUUUAUAUGGUUUGGUUUGAUGCAUUUUUGGCAAAACAUGAGUUUGAUAAAGAUUAUAUGGACCAACCUUCAGCACUACAAGAAAUCCUCAAAACUUGGCUCCAGAAAAAGGUAAGCAAAAUGAGGAGACUGCAUAGAAAAGGCGAGUUGUUGCGUUGUGCCAGGCAUUAAGAGCAGUGCAAGGUGGAGAAGUUAAAGUUUACAAGUUUUAAGUUCUUUAAGCAUUGCCUUGUAAUUGUACAAAAAAAAUUUAAAUAAAGAAUAAAGUUCUUAUGUGAGCUUAAGCUUUA